AUGUUUAACGCGUGCAAGGGUAACAGCAACUGCUGUCGGGAGGAAAGCGAGGACACGGAAAAGGUUGUGCACGAACGAAGGCACGACGUGUUAGAUCAACACAUGGGGAAGGAAAAUGGGGACUUUAAGAAGAUCAUCGAGGGGGAGCCCGACAAGGCCAAAGCCGUCGAAAUUAGCCAGCGCACGGAGAGGGAAUAUGUUGCUAUAACUGCGUACCAGCCAGUCGACAUCGUGACGAGGACAGUCGAGGUGCCCUUCGUGCGCACCAUAGAAACGAUGGUGCCAAAAAUAACCUACGAGAGCAAGAUUAGGGAGGUCCCCAAGUAUUACUCCAAAAUUGUGGAAAAGGUUGUGGAAGUCCCAGAGGUCAAAUUCGUGGACAAAAUCGUAGACGUGCCGCGCAUCCAGUACUGCUUCAAGUAUGUCCCCAAAGUGGAGGUAAAGGAAAACAUAAUUCAAAGGCCAGUCUUCCAAAAGAAGAUCGUAGAGAAAAUUGUAGAAGUCCCAAAGGUCAAGGAGAUGCAGAGAUUCCAGGAGGUCGAAACGGUGGAAUACGUCAUCAAGUAUGUACCGAAGGGAUUCACCGAGGGAAGAAAAACAUCACACGACGAGAGUGAGGACGAGAAAGAAAAGAAAGAAGAAGACCCAGAUGAAGAAAGGGACAUAGGAGAAGGCCACGAAGACAACGAAGAGCAGGAGGAAGAUGCUAACAAUUCCAGAUUUUACGAACCGAAAAAUUAUUCUGAAGGAGCCAAACUGGUUAGGAAUGCACAGAUGGAGAUGAACCAGUCCCAGUUAUGGGGGCAGACAAUAUCUACCAGUAAGGAUAAGAUGUUUCCAUACGUUUUUAGCAGACCCAUGCAAGGAGAGGCGGAGGCACAUGCAGGGAUGGGGACUCCUUGGGGAAGUGCUGUAGUUGGGGGUGAACCGUAUGGUGAAGCAUACGAAGGAGCAGCAGUCCAUCCCAUGUUUGGAUUGCGAAACGAGCUAUCCCUAAUGCAGCUGAAGGAAAAGAAUGCUUCGAUGUUACCAACGCCACGUAUAGAACAAGUGUUUAAGCCAAAAAUUGUGAAAAACGUAGAAGUGCAGAAGCAUGUACCCAUUUCGGUGGACGUGCCAGUUCCUUAUAUGGUCCCCAAGCCUGUCGUUGUUAAUGUAGAAGUUCCUGUCUUGAAAUUCAGAGAUACAUUUGUGCCUGUACCGGUCAGGCGAAAAAUCAUCCCCAAAAUUAAGUGGAUCUCGGAUGUUUAUCAGGUUGACUGCAUCAAGGAGAAGCCGUACUUGAAGAUCCAAGACGUCAUAAGACCAAUUCCUUGUGAUGUACAAAUUAAGUACAGGAAGUAUAUGGAAAAGGCUUGUGCUGUGAACCCUAAUGAGUUACCACAGGACGAUGUGCACGCCAUGUGGAUGCGCGUGAAUGCUCAUCUCGCUGAGCAGAAGAAAAGGGAGUAUGGUGACCUGUACCCGUACUAUCGAGCUGAAGGAGAAGGCGAAAACGACAGCAGCAGCUCUGGAAAAGAUGAGCAAGACGGAAGUGAAGGCACAGAAUCUGCGGAAGAGGGAAUGAUACAUGAAGGACAAAUCGGACAAGGCGCUUUGGAAGGGGAAGGGGAUGUCUCGGGUAGGGCGAGCAAGAAGGAGGAUGUGGGAGAAGACAAGGAAGAGCAUGCCGAGGGGGAAGAGACCAUGGAAAGUGAAAAAAGCGAGGUGAAGGAACGAAGCGGGGUGAUGGAGCAAAGCGAGUCGGGUAUCUCAAAUGGGGAAAUCAUGCAAACUGGUGAGGACGCGCAAUACGGAUCAAUCAUAGAAGUGCUACGGAGAGAACACGGCGAAAAUGACGAAACCAAAGCGGAGGCAUGGAGACAAGUCGAAGGAAUAGAAAAGGUAAACGCAGAGCAAAAUAUCUUUUACGCCUAUGAAGGGCCGGAGCAAAUGCAAAAACAGGGAAGAGGUUACAAUGUGUGUUGUAAAAAUUCAAAUGAUCGUGUUAGUGGCACAUCAGCAAAUGAGGAAAGAUACAAUUUCGAAUGCGUAGAUGAAUUCAUGAAGGAGAUGAAGAAACAAGAUCAUUUGGAGGAAGAAGCUGUGGCUUCUCUGUACCCAUCACACCCUCUAGCAAUGACGUAUUUGCAAAACAAGUGGAUUCAGACAGACACCCUGAGGACACAUGAACUUUACCAUGACGAUUUCGUCAGGGCAAGCAUUAACGCCAAUUUUAAUCUACAAAAUAGGAAUCCAGUGAUAUCAGAGGUUAUGAAAAAUCAGGAUUUUUUAAAAACUGCCAAUCCUCUCAUUUCUCCUUUUUUCCCGCGGAAUAUACAGAACAUAGAAAAUACCUACAACAGAGUUAUAGUGCAGAACAUCCAGGAGGAGAAUAUGCGAUGCCAGGGGGGUGCUAAUAAGUAUGAGCCAAAGGUGCAUGCCAUCCCGGGGGACAUGGAGGUGAGGAUGUAUGACGAAGGGGCCGCUGGACACACGUGCGAUUCGGGCGGGAAAUGCUGCAGCUACUUUUGCAAACACUGA